GCGCGGUUCGUUUAAUGGUAGAAAAACUCGGCCAAGAUCGGCUUGCUGUUCCCCGACUCAAAUAAAAUCCGUAUAUGUACACAACGGAGAUGUUUUAAUUUUCCGUUUUAAAAAUAACUCGCUUCAAAGAAAACAAAACCCCGGAUUGCGUUUUAACAAACAACUUAAACGACCACCUGUGAUAAAACAAAGCGAGAAACAAUAAAAACAAAGGAAAAGAAGAGAGUGGAGAACAAAGCCGGAGAUUUCCAGUCUCCAGCCACAUUCCAUGAAACAGAGAUCAGAGGGCGCCCUAAUGAUUGCUAGCUGGCACACAAAUGACGAAUUAUGAGAACAUUAUAAAUUUGCCAUUAAACUUUAAUGCAAAUAAUAAUCACACCAAUAAUAAUGAGAACAAUGCCAAAUUGGCCAUCGUUGGCGAACAGCUGCUGAAUAAGAUGUCGCAGCGGGAUUUCUCCGAGAAUGAGCCGGAAUGCACGCCGGAGUUACCCGCCGCAAACCGUGCUCUAUUCUUGGAGAAGGUGCGUCAAUCCAAUGCCGCCUGUCAGAGCGGCGACUUCGCCACGGCUGUACUGCUCUACACAGAUGCACUGCAACUGGACCCGGGCAACCACAUCUUGUACAGCAAUCGAUCGGCGGCACUGUUAAAACAGGGACAAUUUGCAGCAGCCUUGCAAGAUGCCACGCAGGCGAGGGAUUUGUGUCCUCAAUGGCCAAAGGCGUACUUUCGCCAGGGCGUGGCGCUGCAAUGCCUGGGACGUUAUGGCGAAGCUUUGGCAUCCUUUGCAUGCGGCUUGGCCCAGGAACCAACCAACAAGCAGUUAAUGGGAGGGCUAAUAGAAGCCUCUUUGAAAAGUCCACUGCGAACGGCACUGGAACCCACGUUGCAGCAAUUGAGAACCAUGCAGUUGCAGGAGUCGCCAUUUGUGGUCAGCUCAGUGGUGGGUCAGGAACUCCUCCAGGCGUCUCAGUAUCCAGCGGCGGUAUCAGUUCUCGAGGCUGCCCUUCGGAUUGGCAGUUGCUCCUUGAAGUUGAGAGGUUCCGUGUUCAGCGCCUUGAGUUCCGCCCACUGGGCAUUAAAUCAGUUGGAUCAGGCCAUUGGUUAUAUGCAACAGGAUCUGGCGGUGGCCAAAUCCUUGGGAGAUGCGGCAGGCGAAUGUCGGGCACAUGGAAAUCUGGGUUCCGCCUACUUCAGUCAAGGAGCCCAUAAGGAAGCACUAACGGCACAUCGCUACCAACUGGUAUUGGCCAUGAAGUGCAAGGAUACUCAGGCGGCAGCGGCAGCUUUGACCUCAUUGGGCCACGUGUACACGGCUAGCGGGGAUUACCCUAAUGCCCUGGCUUCUCAUAAACAGUGCGUUCAGCUAUUCAAGCAACUUGGAGAUCGUCUGCAGGAAGCUCGAGAAAUCGGCAAUGUGGGAGCGGUUUACUUGGCCCUGGGAGAAUGCGAAGCCGCCUUGGAUUGUCAUUCACAGCAUCUGAGAUUGGCCCGGAAGUUGCAUGAUCAAGUGGAAGAGGCCAGGGCGUACUCUAAUCUUGGUUCUGCUCAUCACCAACGGCGACAGUUCACCCAGGCAGCUGCCUGCCAUGAGCAGGUGCUUCGGAUUGCCCAAGCUCUGGGAGAUCGCUCAAUGGAGGCAGCUGCCUAUGCGGGAUUGGGUCAUGCGGCGCGUUGUGCUGGAGACGCCAGUGCAUCGAAGAGGUUUCACGAACGUCAGCUGGCCAUGGCAUUGGCUGCAAGAGACAAACUAGGUGAAGGUAGAGCUUGCUCAAACCUGGGCAUUGUCUACCAGAUGUUAGGUUCCCAUGAUGCCGCUUUGAAGCUCCACCAAGCUCAUCUGGGAAUUGCCCGCUCCCUGGGUGAUCGAACAGGCAUGGGAAAAGCUUACGGGAACAUGGCCAGGAUGGCACACAUGGCAGGAUCCUACGAGGCGGCGGUGAAAUAUCACAAACAGGAAUUGGCCAUUAAUCAGGCGGUGCAUGACCGAAGUGCCGAGGCGGCAACUCAUGGAAAUCUAGCGGUGGCAUAUCAGGCUCUGGGUGCACAUGAUGCUGCCUUAACCCACUAUCGAGCGCAUUUGGCCACCGCCAGAUCCCUGAAAGACACCGCUGGCGAAGCAUGUGCGCUGUUAAAUCUGGGAAACUGCCUCAGUGGAAGGCAAGAAUACGAGGAAGCGGUUCCGCACUACGAAAGCUACCUGAUGCUUGCCCAGGAACUAGGUGAUGUGGCCGCCGAGGGCAAAGCAUGUCACUUGCUCGGCUAUGCCCAUUUCUCUCUAGGAAACUAUCGGGCGGCUGUCAGGUACUACGACCAGGAUCUGGCUCUGGCCAAGGAUGCCCAGCAUCGACCUAACAUGGGAAGAGCCUACUGCAAUCUUGGGUUGGCUCAUCUAGCUCUGGGUCACACUGCCGCCGCCUUGGAGUGUCAGCAGCUGUUUCUAGCGGUAGCUCAUGCCACCAAUCAACUGCCGGCGAAGUUCAGAGCGUUGGGAAAUAUUGGAGACAUCCUCAUUCGAACGGGAUCACAUGAGGAAGCCAUCAAGUUAUAUCAACGCCAGUUGGCUUUAGCCAGAGCUGCUGGAGAUCGCUCGAUGGAGGCGGCUGCUUGUGGAGCUUUGGGAUUGGCCCAUAGACUGAUGCGGUGUUGGGACAAAGCAUUAGGGCAUCACACACAGGAGUUGACACUACGACAGGAGCUGUGUGACUUAGCAGGUGAAUGUCGUGCACAUGGCCACUUGGGAGCAGUUCACAUGGCACUCUGCAGCUGGACAAAUGCCGUGAAGUGCUACCAGGAGCAAUUGGAAAGGGCUCAAGAGCAACGAGAUGCCGCAGUGGAGGCCCAGGCACAUGGAAAUCUGGGAAUCGCCCGUCUUAAUAUGGCUCAUUAUGAGGCGGCCAUUGGCUGCCUAGAAGCCCAAUUGGGCACAUUGGAACGCGUGUCAUUGCCCUCCACUCAAGCGGAUCGUGCUCGAGCCCUCGGCCAUUUGGGUGAUUGCUAUGCCGCUCUAGGAGAUUAUGAGGAGGCGAUAAAGUGUCAUGACCGGCAGCUUCAGUUGGCUUUGGGCUUGACCAGUCAUCGAGACCAGGAGCGCGCUUACAGAGGAUUAGGUCAAGCCAGAAGAGCACUGGGGCAACUGCCAGCUGCUUUGGUUUGCCUGGAGAAACGUUUGGUGGUGGCACACGAAUUGCACAGUCCGGAGAUUAAGGCAUUGGCCUAUGGAGACCUUGGGCAUGUUCAUGCUGCCUUGGGAAACCAUACACAGGCUUUGAACUGCCUGGAGCAUCAGCGUGAGUUGGCGCAAGGUCUUCAGGAUCGCGCCCUGGAAUCGGAUGCCAUGUGUGCCCUUGGACAGGUCCAGCAGCGAAUGGGCCAGUAUACGGAGGCCCUGGAGAUACACCGGAAAGAUCUGCAGAUAUGCACAGAACUCUCUGCUCCCGCCUUGCAGGCGCGUGCUUUGAGUAAUCUGGGAUCCGUCCAUGAAUCCUUGGGUCAGCAGUCAGAAGCCCUUAAGUGUUAUGAACGCCAAUUGGAGCUGAGUUCGGAUCGAUUGGCGAAGGCGAUGGCAUGUUUGGCUCUGGGAAGAGUUCACCAUCAACUGGAACAGCACAACCAAGCGGUGGACUAUCUGCGUCAAGGAUUGAUAAGUGCUCAGUCCAUGGGAAAGUCAGAGGAGGAAGCCAAGAUAAGACAUCAAUUAGGUCUUGCCCUUCGCUCCUCUGGCGAUGACGAGGGAGCCCACCUCCAACUGGAGACCGCUGCCCAGCUGCUAGAAUCCGUGCGCCAUGAACAGCGAAGUCCGGAAACUAGACAGGCGCUAUACGAUCUGCAGACUAGUUGUUACCAUCUCCUCCAACUCAUCCUUGUGGCGCUGAAUCGAAACGAGGAUGCCCUAGUGGCGGCCGAGCGUUGCAAGGCUCGGGGUGGAGCAGAUGUCGUAAACGGGGAGAGCUCGAAGGUUCCAUUGGCCGACAUCGAAGCCAUCCAAGAAGCAGUAAACCGAUGUCGAAUGCCCGUACUUUACUAUAGCUUGGCUGGGGACCAACUAUUCGCUUGGCUGCUUGAACCUCAAAUUGGGAUCGUUCGCUUCCAUGCUUCCCGGAUCGAUGCCAAUAGCUUGCAGCUUCCAUUUUCCCUCAGUGAAGAGGAGGAGGAACUGGAAAUGAAGAAAGAACUUGAAAGGCAAAGGGAGGGUGAAGACUCACAGAACUCCAUGCCGGCCAAUGGUUUACUAGAACGUUAUGUCAACAUGGUGAGGGAUAACCUCGGUGUGAACUCGCAGAAUCUGUUGCACGAAGGCGAUGGCAGUGGAUGGAGAGCAAGCACGGAGCAACUACUCGAGGAUCUUCCUGGAGCUGGGGGCUCCGGAGGAGGAGGAUUCCUGCGCAUGGUUAGCCGCAAUCAACUGCUCAACUCCUCUAACUACUCGUUGAGUUCACUAUUCUCCGUGGGAUCAGUUGGAGGCUCAGUGGCCAGUCUGCAGGGCUCUACGCGAUCCGUGGGCAGUCGCAGUUCCCGAAGAGCUCCGUCAUUGCCUACCUGGCGAGGACCUUCGUGCUUGCACACUUUGUACAAUCUGCUGUUAGCUCCAUUUGAUGAUCUUCUGCCUGAUGGAGGACAAGGCAGAAGGGAGUUGAUCCUGGUGCUGGACAGCUCACUUUACUUGGUUCCCUUCGCCAUAUUAAGGGCGGCUCAGGAAGAUGGGGAAUAUUUGUCCGAGAGAUGUGCCAUCCUAACCGCUCCUUCACUGCAAUCUCUACGUAGUCGUCCGAGGGCCAGAAGAGAUCGUGCUCGUCCACCCAAAUCUUUGGUAGUAGGAGGCCCUCGUAUUCCAUCGACCCUCGCCGAACGCUGGGGUUGGGCUGGAGCGGAAUCGCCUGCAGCCUUGCAAGAGGCAGCCAUGGUUGCUGACAUGCUGCAGGCCACCGCCUUGGCUGGUUCCAAUGCCACCAAAGAAUCCGUUCUUGCCGAAUUGCCCUCCGCCGAUUGCGUCCACUUUGCAGCCAAUCUUAGCUGGCAAUCGGGAGCCGUGGUCUUGAGUCCCGGCGAUGUGGUCACUGCCGAGCAACAGCAACAAAAUGAACCACACGAGCCUCAAAUGGCUGACUUCACCCUGGCAGCCGGAGAAUUGCGCCAGUUGCGUCUUAGUGCCCGCCUCGUCGUAUUGAGCUCGUAUCACUCAGUAGAACCCAUUACCGGAGCUGGAGUAGCCCAAAUGGCUGGCGGUUGGCUUUUGGCUGGAGCUGGAGCUGUGCUUAUUUCGCUAUGGCCCGUUCCAGAAACAGCGGCCAAGAUCCUCCUACGCGCCUUCUAUUCCGCCUUGUUGCAGGGUGCCCGAGCUGCUCGCGCCUUGGCGGAAGCCAUGCAAACGGUACAGCACACCAAGCACUUUGCGCAUCCGGCCAACUGGGCUGGAUUCCUUCUGGUGGGUAGCAAUAUCCGACUAUCUAACAAGGUGGCUCUGGGUCAUGCUCUUUGCGAACUUCUUCGGACCCCAGAGCGUUGUCGGGAUGCACUUCGCGUUUGUCUGCAUCUGGUAGAAAAGAGUCUGCAGAGGAUUCACCGCGGCCAAAAGAAUGCCAUGUACACCACUCACCAAAGCAUAGAGAAUAAGGCGGGUCCGGUCGGCGGCUGGAAAGAUCUGUUGAUGGCUGUGGGCUUCCGUUUCGAACCGGCAGCUAAUGGUAUUCCGUCCAGCGUUUUCUUCCCCCAGGCUGAUCCGGAAGAGCGACUAGCCCAGUGUUCAGCAAGUCUCCAAGCCCUUCUCGCACUAACACCGGCGACUCUUCAAGCGUUGGCUAAAUUGGUUCACGUUAAUAGUGUCGAAUAUGCGGACGACGUCAUAGCCGUGAUGCGGAAUAUUUUAGCCCAGUUCCCUGGUUCCAAUCCCGGCCCUAGUUCGAAUUCUGUCAAAACAGAAGUGGUCGCCGAAACCUGCUUCAUCGAGAUGCCGCUGAGUGUAAGACUCUGGAGGGUAGCUGGUUGCCAUGAACUGCUUGCUUCCGUUGGUUUCGAUUUGACGGAGGUGGGUACGGACCAGGUGAUUCUGCGCACAGGAAAACAGGCCAAUCGCCGACAUUGUCAGUUUGUGCUACAGGCACUCCUCGCUCUCUUUGACACCAGGGAGGCUCCGAAGAAUCUUGGACUGGAUCCAGACUCUGACCAAAGCAGCAGUUGCGAGUCUUUGGCAGAACCAGAAUUGGAUGUCCCUCCAGUUCCACCUGCGGCCAGCAGCACACCGUCCGUUAACGGGGGUAAUAAGGCUCCACUUCCGCUCCAUCCGCGAAGUGCUUUUAUCUCCUAUGUGCGACGGCGUGGAGAACCGGAUGGCGGAAGAACGGAGGCUAUCAGCGGAGCAGGGGGAGCAGGAAGCGGCUUAGAUUCCAGUUUGGCUAACACCACCGAUAGCGAGCAUUCCCUGUCCGAUGGCUACGCUACUCAACCGGGGUUUGGUCUGUCUAAUCCGCGCUUGGGCUACGCCAGCAUGCGAGCUCCUGUUCGGGUUUCACGACCAGGUGGAGGUGGCGAGAGCGAUGCCGCCUUUACUCCCAGUCCACCAGUGACCGAUCCAAGUUUGUCUUUGGCUCUUGCCCAUCAGACGCGCAUCAGGAGCUUGUACUCCCAGACCAGCUCUGCCACUUCUGUUCCUCAGAUAGCGACAACCAUUAGCAGAAGGCCAGAUAGUUCCAGCUCUGCCAGCAGCACCACAGAUUGGGAAGGAUCCGGGCAUGCAACGGUCCUCAGACGUGGAGCAAUGCCACAACAGCCACCACCAUUACCACCACCACGUCCACCGACCUUUCACAAUUUGGGUGUGGGCGCAGGAGGUCGUAACAAACCCAAGAUUAAGUUGGGAAGUGCUCAGAGUUCUCUGGCAGCACGGGUUAACAAGGAGCAUGCUCUCUUCAUGGAUAGGCUGAGUGUAAGAACAGAGUUAAGUGCUCCUGGAAGUGGUAAUGCAAUGAACGGUGGACCCGCUACGAGAAAACCCCUCGCUUUACCCGAGGAAGAGGAAGUUACCAAUGUGGUCUUUAAUCCAUCCAGCUUGUACUUCUCCCAAUCAGACUCCGAACUCCUGAACGAGCCCAAACAGGAAGAUGGUCCGUCUGUUUCCAAGUCGAAUGGCAAGAGCAUGCAAGACAGCAUGAUGCGUCACAUGACACCCAACAUAUCUGAGCUGUACCAUGAACGUAAUGUCGGCUUGGGAUUGGCUCCACCGCUGUCCAAGCUUCUUUUGAGUCCAAACUAUGAGGACCAGGAGGUCGUUUCCCUGUCUGAGGGAUGCUCACAACAAAGUGCUGGCCUCAAAAGUCUGGUGGAUACUGUCAGCGAGCUGGAGCUGAGUGGCAGUUCAUCUGGAUCCACCAUGCCCACGGUUGUGGGCGGUGGUGGCAAUGAAGUGGAGGGCUCAACCGCUUCCGUCAUAGAAGCCACCUGUCCCAUUUGCGGUGAUCCCGCCGAUGUUAUCUGUCGCUGUAAGGCUGUCACCAUACAGAAAAAAGGCAUCCUUAAGCCGUGGCUGAGCAAUGUACCCGAUAGCAGUUUGGUGCAGGCCAGCGAACUGACCACAGCGGAUAUUUUGGAGCGUCGCCUUGAGAUUCACACAUCAUCUUCUGGAGCUCCUUACACUGUUGAUCUUUGUCGACGGGAUGAAGGCGAUGGGCGGUCAGUGGCCGAUUCUCAGUGUAGCAGCAACUACAAACGAGUCCUGGCCAGCGCCACCGGAGGAACAGUAAGCCUGGUCGGGAUUGGAAAUGGAAGCGAUCCGGAACCACAGAAUGCUACUUCGGGUGCAACCUGCUCAUCUGCUCGUCUUGUCUAGACCUACUAUCCCCCUAUCCAUAGUUACAUUAAAUUAUUAUUGCAUGUAUUUAUUGCUUCCAUUGUCCUAAAAGACCCAUUUUACUGAUAAGUUAUAUUCAUAACCAAGCCACUGAUUAAAAUUUAUUUAAUUAUUUUAGAAAGUCUUUAAUUAGGUCCCUAUAAAAUAAUAAAUUUAAUAGAAUACGAAUUAGCAAAAAUAAACUGUUAUAUUGAAUAUCUAAAAAAGGAAAUGUUUUAUUUGUAUGCUGUCUGAGUUAAUGAUUUAAAAACCCUUUAAAAACGGAAGGAAUAUCCCAUAAUACAUCUAGCUUCGAUUUUAAAACGUUCAGUUACCUUUUCCAAAUACAUUGUUUUACGGAAAUAAAUUUACCACCAAGUUUGAAAGCAGAGAAGUUAUUCUGGGAUUUGGUAACUAAUGUAACUAAUUUUAUUUUGUUUUACUUAGUUUUUACAGGUUUUAAUAAUUUAUCUUUUCUGUAUGAUCUUUUUUGUUUUAUAAUUUAUUUAGUAAUAUAGCUGCAUUAAUAUAGCUGCAUUUGUUUGUUUUUGUUUUGUAUAUAUAUAUAAAUAUGUAUGGAUCUUCACUUUACAGUUCUUAAAUGUUAACUACGCAAAAUCUUUCUUAAUUUUUGUUUUGUUUUUUUCUUGUCGUUUGUGUGCCAUUGAAUAUGCUUGCAAGACUCCUACAAUAAACUUUCAUAAUUAGUAUAUAUAUAGCUACAAUAUAUUUAUAUCAAUGUGUAUAUUCAAAAUGUGAAAUAAAAAACUGUAUUUAAAAAUAUGUUUCAUUUGUUUUUGCUCUUCUUUUUUGUUUGUUUAGUAAAUUUCACACUUUUUUGUUUGCCAAUCAAUCAUUCCACCUUUGCUGUUUUUUGGC